GGAAAAUAAACCCAUCUACUGAUACUUCCUGUCACAUUACAAAUGCAGAAUAUGAUUUGUGUGAUAGUUUUGCUACGUUUAUGUCUUUGGCAUCUGAACGGUGUGUUUGGUGAUGAAGUGAAGUCAGUGUCAGUGAUGGAGGGACAUUCUGUUACUCUACACACUGAUACUGAACUACACACACAUGAUGUGAUGGAGUGGAUGUUUGGUGUUCAGAGUCCAGAUGAGAUUAUAGCUGAAAUCAACAGAGAAGUCAAUAUAACAUCAUUUAUUAAUGAGAGAUUGAAGAAUCAUGUAGAGAUAGAUGCUCAGACUGGAUCUCUCAUCAUCACAAACAUCACAACUCAACACACUGGACGCUAUCAACUAGAGAUCAUCAGAAAACCUUCUGUCCUCAUCAGACACUUCAAUCUGACUGUCUAUGCUCGUCUGCCUGUUCCCGUCAUCUCCAGAGACUCUUCUCAAUGUUCUUCAUCAUCUUCAUCAUCAUGUUGUUGUGUGUUGUGUUCAGUGGUGAAUGUGUCACAUGAUGUGAGCGUCUCCUGGUACAAAGGAAAGAGUUUAUUGUCCAGCAUCAGUGUGUCUGAUCUCAACAUCAGACUCUCUCUACCUCUGGAGGUGGAAUAUCAGGACACAAACACAUACAGAUGUGUGGUCAACAAUCCCAUCACAAACCACACACAACAUCUACACAUCACUCAACUCUGUCACACGUCUGCAGAAAACACACAGACACACAACAACAGGAAGUGUGCAGUGGAUGAUGAUGUGGUGUAUGCAGGAGUCAUGAGAAGGUGA